AUGGAGAUCUGGCACGUGAUCGAUCCAGGCACCAACGUCAAGCGAUCGCAAGAUCGACAAGCCGUGAGCGCGCUCUUGCGUUCAGUACCAAAGGACAUGUGGCAGUCGCUCGGCGGCCGCAAGACGGUGAAGGAGGCAUGGGAGACGGUCCAGACCAUGCGUCUCAAUGCCGAUCGAGUGAAGGAGGUCAACGCCCAAAAGCUGCUGAAGGAAUUUGAGAACAUCGGAUUCAAGAAGGGCGAGACGAUCGACGACUUGGGCAUGCGGAUCACCAACCUCGUCGCCAACCUCAAGACGCUUGGUGAAACAGUAGAUGAUGCCCGCAUGGUUAAGAAAUUCUUGCACGUGGUACCUCCCCGUUUCAAUCAAGUGGUGGUUUCCAUCGAGAUGUUCUGCGAUGUGAAGAAGAUGACGGUGGAUGAGCUGGUGGGGCGUCUAUGGGCGGCGCAGGACCGACUCGACAAUAAGGUCGAGCAGAUCAUCGACAAGGCAGGGUGCCUUCUACUCGUGGAAGAGGACUGGCUUGAGAAACACAAGCACUGUUUCCAUGUAGGUUCAUAG